AUGCACAUAGAGGUUCAAGUGGCGCUCAACUUCGUCAUCUCCUACCUGUACAACAAGCUGCCGCGGCGGAGGGUCAACAUCUUCGGCGAAGAGUUGGAGAAGGCUUUGAAAGACAAAUUCAGCGGCCACUGGUACCCCGAGAAGCCCUUCAAGGGGUCGGCCUUCAGGUGUCUGAAGACCGGAGACCCCGUGGAUCCCGUGCUGGAGCGCGCCGCCAGGGAGAGCGGGGUCCCCAUCCAGGACAUCCUGGAGAACCUCCCACAGGAACUCGCCGUCUGGGUGGACCCCGGCGAGGUCUCCUACAGGAUCGGCGAGAAGGGCGCCGUCAAAGUCCUCUUCAGCGAGGCGACCGACGUCCACGAGGACAACUCCGCCGACAGGGAGGUCAACAAGACCUUCAACCCCGAGGCCCAGUGCUUCAGGCCCAUAGAGGCCGUGGGGGCCGGACUGGGAAGCCUCAGCCUGUCCCCCAACAAGCCCGCCAGCCCGUUCCCCGUGAGCGCGGCGCCCUCGGCAUCCACAUCUCCGGCACCCCCCAAGACGCCGCCCAGCCCCGCACCAUCCUUCAUGCCGCGACCAGCGCAGCCUCUCACCUUCACUACAGCCACCUUCGCGCAGACCAAGUUCGGCAGCACCAAGCUCAAGACCAACAGCAAGAGGGCGAACAGGAUGUCCCCGACGGAGUUCUCAAACUACAUCAAGCAGAGGGCGAUCCAGCAGCAGAUGCACCACCCCCCUACCUCACCCGGGGGUAGGUCCCUGUCGCCCGCACAUCACCCGGCACCGCCGGACUACUUCUUCACCCAGUCGGGUCCCGGCUACCACUACCCCCACUCGGGAUAUCCCCACUUGCCUGAUCUCUACCAUCCCAAGUUCCCGUCCUCCUACCUCGAGCCCGGAUCUCAGUUCUACCCGCCCGUGCCGCCCUCCACCCCCGGCCCCGGCCCGCUGUCACAGCCGCCCCAGCCCUCCGACAAGCAGCAACUCCUGGACAGCAUCAACAGCUUCGGUCUAGCCUCCUACCCGGCCGGCCCAUCCCAGUACCAGCACCUGCUAGUAGCCAACUAACCUGACAUACAAGUAUUAUAGUAAUUGUUAUUGUUUUCUUUUUUAAUUAAUUCGAAAAAUUAAAAAAACCUACCUUUGUAAAUUUUAUAUAUAUCCGAUUUUUUAGUGAUUUUUAUAUCUUCGUCAGAAUGACGUUAAAUUAGUUGAAUUGUUAGGAAUAAAUUCGGUAUAGUGAGCCACAUGUUAUAGUGUGAACCAGCCUUUAUGAGGAGCCCGGGUCACAGGCUGCCCGGUGGCACGCUGUCUCCCUCAUCCCAUCCGUCAUCCGACAUCCGUCAUCCGUCUCCACCCCGCCCCGACUUGGAUAGCUUGCUUCGCACGCUACCCCUAUCCCCCUCACUAGUGUAGUUUGUUGCAAAUAAGAUUAGCGAAACAAUGUUCUCAGACUAUUGUACAAAAAGUAAAAAACCGUCUUCAAAAACAAAAAAAUUGUCACGUUUUGUAAAAUUCGUUCACGACUUGUCAUCCGGUAGAAAAUAAAUUAGAGUAAUGAAAAUUCCGCAUUCUCAUUGUAGUUAUAAAUGUUAUUCUUUUCGAUGAAUUAUUAUAGCAUUUCUUAGUAAUAGAUCUCUGGGAAAUAUCACGAAAUGACAUUGAAUCUUUAGUGCUUUCAUUCGAAUCGCAUCUGAAAUUUAACAAGAUUUUUUUUAAAUUUUAAAACGCAAUUCUGUAACUGCAACUGAAUAUUACACUAUACAAUGUACCGAGCCUGAUUCUAACCUAGUCCUACAAUUUUACCCUCUCGAUGUUGGUACGCCUGCCGAUAUUCCCGACUCACAAAGGCUAUUCACGAUCCCCCAGUAUUUCUCAAGCUAGGAUAAUUUUGUACAUCAAUUUUAUAUUCUCUUUUGUACUUUCUGUAAUAAUUUAAUCUCGGAAUAUUACAUUUUGAUGUUUUCACUCCACAAUAACAGACGACUGUAAGGCCCGUCUCUGACCAUGACGGGCCCCAACACUUUCCUCUAGUUCUGUCUUUGCAGCAUUUUAGUCCCGCUUCACUGUGUCUAGACCGUAUAUAAUGUAACUAUAAGACUUUGGAAAGUUCUAUUUCAACAUUUACUUUGUACUGGAAAUGUAAUCAAAAUUGUUAGUUUAUCGUUUUGUAACUUUUUUAUUUAGACUUUUUUACUCGAUGUGUUGCAGUAUACCUCUUGUACCGUGUAACUAAAUAUAUCGACUAGAUUUCUUUUUUUAUUUAAAACAUAGAUGAAAUAAAAUUAUGUUAGUAGGUAAGUAAAUCGUUAAUAUUUUUCUAAUUUUGUAAUAAAAUAGUUGUGUUAACUAAAUAAAUAAGAAGAAAUAAAGUACAUACUCAAGAUGUGUGAAACUAGUCAUACGGUUCUGAUGGAGAUUUGGCAGCUAAGGGUGGAAGUGAGGGUGGGCCUGGGCAGCGGCUUCCCUGCGUGUGUGCGUGCGUGUGUGGACGUGUGCGUGUGUGGGCUGGUGCGUGUGCGUGUGCGCGUCAACAACGAGUCAUGCAUUGCGCAUGCGCUGUGACUGCGCGUGCGCGUGUCAAUAAGCGGGUUCCGAGAAAGGCUGUGGUGUCCGGGGUCAAACCCCGAUGUUGCUACUACUGUAUGUGAUGUAUGUACUACUUAUCUAAUGUUGGUAUCACUGUCAGGUGGCCAGUGCCACUAUAAUCGCCCGCCGCUGCCCGGCCGCCCAGCCAGAUUGUAGGGGCUGUGGUCGCGCAGGGGUCUCCCCCGUUCAUAAUCUUCAAUGUGAUCGUUAUUUGUAGACCUUAACUUCUUACAUAUUAUAUAUUUUUUAUUAAAAGUGAAACUGCACUAUGUUAUUCUUGCAUGAAGUAUAUAAUAUAUUAUAGAUUCAUUUAAUUGAUACAGAAAUGUUUGUACUUUAGUAUUUUUGUACUGUAACUAUCGAAGAUGCUGUAUAAAGUAGUGUUUAGAUUUAUAUAGAUUUUAAAGCAUUACUAGUUUACAAUAAACGUCGUGGUUGUGUUCCUUUUUCACUGAUUUUCACCGACACUGUUGAAGAAUCUAGUUUUGGUAGAAUUUAGUUGCUUUAUUUGUUUACAUUUUUUUAUCGCCUGGACUAUGCAAAUACAUUUAAAUGUCCUUCUACGAGUGCAGUGCCGAGGGAGUCGUUAGUGUACGUGUUUGUUUGGGCGUUGCCCGUUGUUUUAUAUGCGAGGGGCCAGGGACCAAGUCAGCGGGUCGGGCCCGCUUGUCAAAACGCCAUUAAAAUAAAGUGACUUAUUGUGUCUAAAUUCGCCGGAUCAGAUAAAAUCAAAACUGUUUCCAAAUUUAUACUUGAAAACACAAAUCACUUUUUUAUGUUUUUCAUUUUUUUAUUGAUAGUAUUUACUUUUUUAUUUUUUUAAAUAUAUAAAAUACCAUAAAUAUUGCAUGACAGUCUUUGUUAAAAUUGGAAAAACAACGAUCUACAGGUCCUGUAUAAUGGUGCUUCUUCCAUUGGUAUUGGGUUAAUCAUUUUAUUUCAAAAACAAAACGUCAUUAAUUUGGCCAAAUUAUAAACCUGUACACUUAUAAAAGACAUAAAACGAUAACAGACCUCACGGAAUUUUAAUUUAGACGAGUGCUAAAAUUUCCCAUUGAGAUCUAACUAAAUUUACUCAUCCAAACACAUUAAUGUGUCAUUCACAUUAGAUAAAACAAUUAUUUUCUUAUAAUUACAUUUCAAAAAUUGAUAAUUUGGAAGAUCAACGAAAUAGCGACAAGCGGCGCUCAACCCGAUAACUUGGCCCCGGCCGACCGCGGUAGUGUGGUGGUACAUGGUACAUGGUACACGGUACACGGUACAUGGUACAUGGUACACACACGAGCGGUCACCAACUGGUGUUGCAAGUUACCUGAAUUGUUUCAAAUCUUGUUGGCCUACAAGUAUAUGAACAAUUCUUCACACAAAUAUCUAUAUUUUGUUUGUUAUGUUUCAUAUAUUAUUUUUAUUUAAGAGUUUAUAGCUUGAAACGUGUUGUUAAUAUUUUUGUAUGAACGUCUUUUUAUCACUUUUGUCACAUUGAUUUAUCUGUUGAAAUAAAAUUUGUAAGUUAAACA